AUGGCGGGUGCGUGCCGCAUGCGUGGCGGGUACAUGGCAGCUUGUCUCCAGCAUCAGAGCUGUGAAAUGUGUGUGACCUCGGAGCUGACCUUCAACUGCAGCUGGUGUCAUGUCCUGCAGAGAUGUUCCAGUGGGUUUGACCGAUACCGUGAGGAGUGGCUGUCUUACGGCUGUGGCCAGAAGUCAGAUGAGAAGACGUGCGAGGAUUUAGCAGAAGAUGACCACUACUCGGCACCGCCUGAUAGCUCUUUCUCACCGUUUGAGGAGGAUGUCACCACAUCCACUUCCUCGCUUUUCAUCGACAGCCUCACUACAGAAGAUGAUACAAAGCUCAAUCAGUAUGCAGGAGGCGAUGGUGUAGGAAGCAGCCUUCCUUCAAAGAAAGCAGGAACCCCGAUUCACACAGGUACUAUCGUGGGGAUAGUUCUAGCUGUGUUGCUCAUUGCAGCUAUUAUCCUUGCUGGAAUUUACAUCAACAGCCAUCCCACCUCAAAUGCCGCCCUGUUCUUCAUUGAGCGAAGGCCACAUCGCUGGCCUGCCAUGAAAUUCCGAAAUCACACCAACCAUGCAACAUACUCCGAGGUGGAGCCAGCCAGCCAUGAGAAGGAGGGCUUUGUUGAAGCGGAACAAUGCUGAGUGCUUCCUCCCCUGCGUCUUUAAUGUCCCAUGUCCCAAGUGUUGGAAUCUUCUGUUAUUCUAUUGCAAAGUCUUUCCCCUCCUAGAAAAGAAACAGCAACUAGAGGAAAAAGGCCCACUGGAGCAUUGAAAAGAAUGAGUCAGGCCAACGUGAAGGUGCGACUUGCCUGGAUUCCUCAUGGGACAGCAGAGCCAGAAGCAAAGGCAGUGAGCUGUGACACCAGAUUCUGCCUGCAGUCUGGCACCAAAGCCCUGGAUGUGUCAGGAGAAAACAGGGCAGUCAAAGUUCUGGUUUGGUUUUGGUGCGUGUGUGUUGGGGGAUGUUUAUUUUUUCUUCUCUCCUAUGUGUGGUUGUCCCCUUCCAUCCUUCUCCAAAAGUCUUAACAUGGGCAGUUCACAGGUGGGCCAAAUCUAGGUACUUUGCCUGAGUACAUUGUUGCCUAAGGCAGCAGGCUCUUUGGAACAGCAAAAUAGACCGUGUUUGCUGCACACUCUGCCUAUGCUUGCACUCAGGAUCAGGCUGGUUGCCUCUGUCUCUCUCCACGGAGAGGCCAGGUGGUUGGGGGACAGAUGCUGUUGGUGGCCACAGGAGUAGUAAGGCUGGUUCUCCAGGGCUCAUCUCACCUGUCCCAUCCUCCUGCUCCCCAGCUCUGUCCCUUUCUCUGCUAUCCCCUUUGCCUUCUUUUGGGGCAGGCAACAUUUAGUUUCUUCUUCAUGGCUGAGGAGACUUAGGCCCUUGUCUUCAUCCUGCAGUUGUUCUUCCCACACCAUGUCUUCAAAUCCUCUCCUUUCAAGGAAACAGCUUCUACCCCCUGCUCAGGAAGAAAGAGAAAUCUGAUCUAUUUUUAAGAGCAAAGCCCUGCAGAAAAUUCACCUCCAUGUUGUUUGUUAACAAAUGGCUCUGAUGCGCUUUCUGGCAUCUAAUUAGUUUGCUAAAUUACUGACUAUGACCCUUACCCUAAAGGAGUCAGAGGGUGAAAAAAAUCUUAGAUUCCCUCAAACCAUGCAUCUUUGGCACUGCCACUAAUCCAGCAGGAACAGGAUAAGUUUCAAAGCAAGAGGAUGGGCAUAGAGCAUUAUCAAAAGCAGCGUUCUCCCAAGGGCUAAAUCUUGAUGUAAAUCCCAGCUCACUUUUCAUGGUAAUUUCAUAUAAAGAAAGAACCAAGGCAUACAUGGUAUGCCAUGCCAUGGUACAAUUGAAAAUCUAAAAAUCAUUUUGUUAACAUCAUAGUGUUUAAAACCCGCUAAAGUCAGUGGCAGUUUAUUUAUUGAUUUUGAUUACACCUGUGGUAGACUCCUGGUCUGGAUUUGUACCGAUAUCAUGAUUCCAGAAUCUGACCCUCAUUAAGAACUUCAAUGCUAGACCUCUCAGGGUUUUCUGUUCCUUCUGUGCAAUCAGCAUUAAAGACUAAUCUUCAGAAAUACUCUAUCCUAUUUCUACAGAAAAAUAGAGUUCUGGCUGGUGCAGAAUUGGGCCCUAAACUGAGGAAAGCUUGUUUGAAAAAAGACAGUGUCCAAAGUCCAAAGUAAGGUAAAGUUUUCUUUCCCCCACCAAAAAAUGGUGUGGGUUAUAUGUUAUUUUUUUUUCUUUUUUCUUAUUUUUUUUCCUUCUUGAUCCUCAGUUAUUUAUUCUGAUACCAUGUUUGGUACAUAUUUUAUCCACUGGCUGGUUCAGCUGUCACUGAGGGUGAUUACUGCCAAAGGCAGGGUCUGUCUAAUUAAUGUUUUCCUUCUCAUCUGCUGAAUUUAUAGAGCCAUUGAAGAUAAAUAUGGAUGCUCUGUGGCAUUUAGACCCCAGAUUAUACUUGCUCAUACAUAGUCACCAGGGAGACUUUUGCUGCAUCUUAUUAUGGCCUAAAGACACCAAAACACUCAAACAGGGUAAGUCACUGAGUUGUGCCAAGCUGUUAUGGCCCACACAGUCUCUCUUUAGAGAUAUUUUGAAGAUAAACUCUAUUCCUAAGUAAAGCUUUUAGCUGCAAGAUUGUUUUCUCCCUGUUUCCCUCAAGUAGAAUGAAUUCAAAAGCAUACCGUCAUCUAGUUCUUGCUCCAGAUCUGAUCUGCUUUGAAAGGGUUAUAAGCUGAUAGGAAAAUUUCUCUGGACUUACUUCUUUUCAAAUAAUGGCCUUUUUUUUACUAUUUUUCUUAACAUUCAUACCCAGAUUUUUUGGGUGUUCCUCUUCCCCUCCUACCCCCAGAAAUACCAGGCAAUAUCGAACAAUUGUGAAAUGCUGCGAAUUUAAAAGAAAACAGCGUGCAAUUGAGCUGUAUAAAUCACUGCUGCAUUACUGCAUCUAGAAUCUUAGAUUCAAAAAAAAGGAUUAGACAUUUAGGUGGAAAAUAACAACAUCCAAACGCCAUAGCACAGAAACGACUGAAGUAUAUAAAGCACCUGUAUUUCAGGGCAGAUGC